AUGGCCGAAGUCGCAGCAGGCGCGUACAUCGCGGCGGAGGUGGUUGAACACACCGCGGAAGCAGGCUACGCUGCUUACAUCGUCUCUAAGCCAACGCUCCCUCUCAAAGUCACCUUUACGCGUAUGGCUACAGCAACAGGUGACACAUCGGCACGCUCGUUGGCGCGCUCCAAUCAUACAGUCACGGCCAUCGGCAACAAGGCUUACAUCUUCGGUGGUGACACGGCGAACAACGUUCUUGCUAGCAACCAUGUGCAUAUCGUCACUCUUGAGCACUCGGGGAAACCAGAAAUGGAUUACAGUAUCAUCCCAGCUUUGCCGACAUCUGAAGGUGAUCGCAUACCCGCAGCAAGAUCGAGUCACACAGCUUGCGCCUUCCACGGGAACGUGGCAGUAUACGGCGGUAGUGAUGAGAACGGUGGUCUGAUCGAUGAGCAAUCAUCUGUUUGGCUCUUCAGCCCCGAAAGAAAGAGCUGGGAUAUUCUGCAGCCAUCCAAGGGAGAUGUCGACACCGGAGAUAUCGGCCCAGGGCCACGUCGCAAUGCCCAAUUGUUCGCACAUGAUCAGCACGUGAUUUUGUUUGGGGGAGUGGAUGGUUCUGGCGACAAUGCAUCAGACCUAUGGCAGUUCGACAUCGCUGCGCGGUACUGGACACAGCUUCCGACAGCACCAGUCGCGACAUCAAACGCCGCACUAGCGAAUGGUCAAUUAUGGCUGAUAUCUGGAUCAGAUCAAAUGAGCAGUCAGCUGCAUCAUAUCAGUGUCUCUUCUUCAAGUGAAGAGAGGAAAUGGGAGUCUUUCACGUUUCCUACGAACCCACUAGCACCAGGCCCUCGUGCACGACAUAACGGAGCCUUAUUACCAGUCACUACAGGUUGGGGUCGUAACUACCUCAUUUACCUCCUUGGAGCUCGGAAUGACUCCUCUGCUGAUAUUCCGAACACCAAACCCGAAGAUCCGAAGCAUGCGAAUGAAGUUACUCAAUUCAGCGACACCUGGGUUCUCCAGAUACCCUCAAGUGACCUGGAAGCUAAGCCAUCGAUGACGCUCAAGAAUGCCAUCAAUCCUGCCAAGAUCAAAGAUGCUAUUAGAUCUGCUCUAGGUGCUGAUACUGGACACUUGUCAUGGGCGGAAGCGGUAGUACAGCUACCUUCGGACAAGCAACUGGAGGAAGGAGAUGGCAAGCUGCAUCCUGGCCCGAGAGCGUUCUUCGGUGCGGAUGUUAUGGAGAAAGGCAGCAGUGUAGUCUUUUGGGGUGGAGUGGAUGCAAAGGGUGAGAGGGUCGGUGAUGGAUGGGUCGCAAGAUUCGAGUGA